UACUGUCUGACAUGACCGUCCUCUACAAUACGAUACUGUAUUCUUCGUACCUCCCCUUUCUCGCCCUCAGUCUGUGUGCAUCCCAGCCUCCCUUCCUAGAUUUCCACCCAGCAGCUCUCCAUCCAUCCGCAAACAGCUCUUACACUGAGAUUUAAAAAAGGGUAAAAAAAGAGGAGAGAACAGUUUGAAACAUAAAUCUACCUUCCACGGCUCCCUCUUCUCCUUGCCCUCCAAGCGGACUUCAUCACUUUAUUCCUCUUCGCGCCAAUGCCCGACACCGCACAGAAAGGCAGGAUUUUUUUCUCUUGAGCAUGAGAAGGAUUGCCAAACCAUCCGCAAUCCAACAUUACCGCCUGAGCCACCAGCAUGAGCACUGGAUACGUACGCUCCAGCAGAAGUUGUUGGCCAGAGAACUAACACAUCUCGGAGCACAAAUACAGCUAAGAGGAGAGAGUCAGUUUUAGGUCUCCCCAUAAUGGAGCGAGAAUGAACAGAGAGCGGCUUAGAAAAAAGCAUGAGCUGGAGGUUUAUUGAGGUCAUCUGCUUCCUGUUUAUAUGGGACCAUAUAACAGUUCAGUCUUCCCGCCAGGACCUGUUGGCCGCUGAACAACAUGUCACCAAACAGUAUGACUGGCUCAUCUCUGACCGCGGACCUUUCCACCACUCUCGGAGCUAUCUGUCCUUUGUGGAAAGAUUCCGCCAAGGAUUUACGACCAGAUAUAAAAUUUAUAGGGAAUUUGCACGUUGGAAGGUGAGGAACACUGCAAUCGAGAGAAGGGACCUCAUCCGCAACCCAGUGCCACUAAUGCCAGAAUUCCAGCGCAGCGUACGCUUGCUGGGCCGCCGACCCACAACUCAGCAGUUUAUUGACACCAUCAUUAAGAAAUACGGAACGCAUAUUCUUAUCUCUGCCACCUUGGGAGGAGAGGAAGCUUUGACAAUGUACCUGGCGAAAAACAAGCUAGACAGAAAGCUCGCCAAUGCUACCCAGAAUGUGGAGGCUCUUCAUCAGUUGGCCUCAUCUUACUUUAUCGACCGUGAUGUCACUAUGAGGAAGCUGCAUGAGAUCCAGAUUUCCACAAAUGCUAUCAAGGUGACAGAGACACGCACUGGACCGCUGGGAUGCAGUAGCUAUGACAAUCUGGACUCAGUUAGCUCAGUCCUCCUGCAGAGCCCAGAGAGCAAGCUCCAUCUACAAGGCCUUCAGGUCAUUUUCCCAGAAUACCUGCAGGAGAAAUUUGUCCAGUCAGCCCUGAGCUACAUUAUGUGCAACGGAGAAGGGGAGUAUAUGUGUCGGAACAACCAGUGCAUCUGCCUGUGCGGCGAGGAUUAUCCCCAGUGCAACUGUCCCAUUACCGACAUCCAGAUCAUGGAAAACACCCUGUCUGGGAUGUCUGAGUCAUGGGCAUCCUCCUAUAAAGACUUUGAAAACUCUGAUGAGUUCAAGUCAUUCCUGAAGAGGCUCCCCUCCACACAUUUCCUACCUAUCAGCAGUGUGCAUCUUCUGUGGGGCAGCGACUGGGACCUGCAGGCUCGUUACAGGCUCCUUCAGAGCUCCCUGGAGAUCCAGCGGCUCAAGAUCCAGCGCACUGCCCGCAAGCUGUUUAGCCUAAGCAUCCGUUGUCACCACAAUCCAAACCACCAGAUGCCGAGGGAGAGAUCUGUGAUGCAGUGGCUAAACAGAGUUCAGUCCUUCCUUUACUGCAAUGAAAACGGGUUUUGGGGGACCUUCUUAGAGAGUCAAAGAACAUGCGUGUGUCACACUGGUGUCACGCUGUGCCAGCGGCCAAUUCCAUGUGUCAUAGGUGGCAACAACAGCUGUGCCAUGUGCAGCCUGGCCAACAUCUCCCAAUGCGGUUCCUGCAACAAGGGCUACAAGUUGUACCGUGGCCGCUGUGAACCGCAGAACGUGGACUCCGAACGUAGUGAGCAGUUCAUCAGUUUCGAAACUGAUCUGGACUUUCAGGACUUAGAGCUUAAGUACCUGUUGCAGAAAAUGGAUUCGCGAUUGUACAUUCACACCACUUUCAUCAGCAAUGAGAUCCGACUGGAGACAUUCUUUGACCCGAGGUGGCGCAAGCGCAUGUCGCUGACCCUCAAGAGUAACAAGAACCGGAUGGACUACCUCCACAUGAUUAUUGGUUUGUCGAUGAAGAUUUGCCAAAUGCGAAACAGCAGCAUCGAUCCGAUGUUCUUUGUUUAUGUCAACCCGUUUAGUGGCAGUCACUCCGAAGGCUGGAGCAUGCCUUUUGGCGAGCAUGGUUACCCACGCUGGGAAAAAGUACGACUGCAGAACUCACAAUGCUUCAACUGGACUCUUCUGCUUGGCAACAGGUGGAAGACAUUUUUUGAAACGGUACAUAUUUACCUACGCAGUCGUGCUAAGAUUCCAACUGGCCUCCGCAAUGAUACCGGACAGGGCCCAGUGGAUCUUGCAGACCCCAACAAACGCCAGAUCUACAUUAAAAUCUCUGAUAUCCAAGUGUUUGGUUAUAGCUUACGCUUUAACGCUGACCUGCUUCGUAGUGCCGUGCAGCAAGUCAACCAGUCGUACACACAAGGAACACAGUUCUACUCGUCCUCCUCUGUUAUGCUUCUGCUGCUGGACAUUAGGGAUCGGAUUAACCGUUUAGCGCCCCCUUCUGCACCUGGAAAACCCCAGCUGGACCUCUUUUCUUGUAUGCUAAAACACAGGCUGAAGCUAAACAACAGCGAGAUGAUCCGGGUGAACCAUGCCUUGGACAUGUACAGCACAGAGAUCCUAAAACAAUCGGAUCAUCUAACUGCUAAACUCUGUUAAAACCCAACAAUAACUUAAAGACACUAAACACCUGACAGACAAAUGAUGACACAAUGAUACUCUUUUUUUUCCUUCUUUUUUUUCAUUUUUUGACCUUUUUUGCCUUUUGAUGUAUUAAUACUUUGUAAGCAUAAUUCUUAAAAAAAAAUAGCAGAAAGAGCAGCAGUCUUUUCUGCCAGAUGAAGAAUACUUAUGGAACCACUAUUAAGGACUGUAUCAUAUUUGUCCUAGCAUGUCUGUAAUUCCUUAAAUGAACUUAAAAAGAAAGUACAGGAGAAAAAAACAAACAAACAAAAAACUGACAAAAAAAAAACAUUAAAAGUAUGUAUGUGAAAAAGAGGCCUUCAUUUUUAACGGAGGGAUCAAAGGUUGUUUCUGAAACUGCCAUUAUUUAUUGAAAAAAUAAAUAAGUGACAUUUUUAAAGAUAUAAUGAUGGAAAAACACAAAGGACAGAACUGAUUUUGUUUUAAAUUCAAAUUUUCUGAAUAUUUCCGAUAUAACAGGCAGUUUGAUGAACUGUGUACACAUUGCUAGCCCUAGUAAACUAGUAGACGGCAUAUUACUAAACUCCACUGACUCCUACAGUGAAUCUUCAUCUUCAAUGAGUAUUUGGGGGGGGUUAUCUCUGUCUUUAUUGUGACGGAGCAGGGCAGCAACAGGAUAGUCAUGUCAAAUAACAAAAGCCAGCUGUUUAUAUUUACAUGUCUAUGUGGGUGAAUGUAUGUGUGGGUGCGAGUGUCAACGCAAUUGUUUCCAUUUUUGAUUUGUCCUUCCUGCUGCUCAGAGCUUAUUGCUGUUUGUUAAUUGAAUGUGUCACUCAAGAUCGAGCUCGGUUUUUUGCUAAAUCUUGCAUUUUGGAGCGCUUUUUUUUCCUCCCCCUGCCUUGCAUUUGAACUUCAAGCUGUGUUUUUCACAAGGCUGUACCUCCUGGUGCGUGAGUGCAAUAUUGUGGUCUGAAGAUUUAACAAUCAAUGCUAUUUUGUAUAGCUUUGCAAACUGUACAUGUUGUGGACUGCUGUUUUGUGUAGCUUUUCCAGCACCAAGAGCAAAAUGUAAAAAAAAAAUCCAUCAGUCAGGCACAUUUGCAAGACAACUUAAAGCCAUACACUUCCCCUGAGGUAGACACACAGUAAAGCAUAAAGCUCAUCCUCGCUUGUUCCAUUUGUUUGUUUUUUCAUUUUAUUCUCUCAGAUGAUUUAAUAUAGGAGCACAGCAAAGAGGAAGAUAACAAGAAAUGUGUUGAGUGAGAUUGUACUGUAAAGCCAUUGAAUUUCUAUGUUGUGCUGCAGGAAAAGAAGAAGAAAAAAUGCUAUAUUAAAGCGUAAAAUAUGUUUUUUUUUUCCGCCAGUGUAAAGACUGUAAGCUUUUUAUAGCCAUGUGUAAAAAUGUUUUUGUUUUGUUUUGAUAUAAAAGGUGAAAUUUCCUGCAUGUUGCUGGAAGCAUAAACAGAGCUACAACUAUUUUUAUUUUUGAACUCUGAGCUGUCAAACUGAAACAUAAAACACUACCUAUGGAACGAGUGUCACGCUCAUGAAUGGUCGUGCUAUGGGUAACUCAGAGCCCGAACUCACAACAGAAUGUGUGUUUUGUUCACAAUGCAAAAUAUUUCACAUUGAGAUUUCGAAAGUACGCUUAAAGUAAAUUUAUACAUUUUGAGGGACUGUAGCCAAAAAAAAUCACACAAAUUAACAUUUUGGUGUAAUUUCGAUCUACAUUUUUAAUUCUAUUUGACAUGAAAUACAAAAUAAAGGUCAGAAUUUUGAAACUUUAUCCAAAAUGACUUUUACUGCAGAUGGCAGCAUGUGAGCAAUUUAAUGGAAAAGCAGCAUUUGGGGAGACGCCUUAAUCCAAACAAAGCUGGAAGACCUGCUAUGUGUAUUUGCAUGAGUGUAAAGCUGGGCUUUAUUCUACUUUUGAUAUGUGUCAUUAUUGUUCAUCUAUGCAAAAGUCACUUACGUGCUCAAGCCAGUUAUGAAUAUUUGCAGGAAAAAAAAAUGAAACCCGAGCUAAAAAUGAAGACUUUUACUUUAAAAUUUGCAGUGAAAAUGUUGCUUUAAGGCCUUGGCACAACUGUUAUUUGGGCAUAGUCUUGGCUGCUUGCUGUUUUAUUGAAAAGUAAACACAGUUUAUGCACCCAGGGUAAGUAUCAGAAGACCGUUGUUGAAUUUUUUUUUAAAUUAAUUUACAGAAAAAGGAUCUGUUUUAAAACUAACACACAAUCAUUACAUAAAUUCCCUGUUUAGUACUACCACAGUGUCGGUCUUAACUGGAAUUGGCUGUCUUAUGCACAAUACUCUAAUUUGUAUUUUUCUGGUCAAUCACAUCACUAAGUAUGGUAUUCUGAUUAUGAAAGAGGUUCUCUGCCAGUUGAUCUCUUCCAAUUACAAACAUCAGUUCCAUUGCCUUUUUUCUUAUGAAGUCCCACUGUGAAACGUUUAUCUGGUUUAACAGAGAAAAAAUACAAAAUGGGUAAAACAUCCCCUGAACACCACAUUAUUAUUUUUAUAUUUGUACAUGGUGUUUUAGUCAUGUACCUACUCUGUUUUCUAGUGAGACCAUUACUAAAAUCUUCUCAAGUACAACUAAUAGAAGCUCUCAUGUUCUGACUGUUAACACCAAAGACGGAGUUAUUCAUGUCUCCCAUUGAGCAGCCUCAGACAGUUUUGGAUUCCCAAAAUAAAUAGACAUGUCAAAUUUCCUGCUGUCUCAUCUACUGCAGCCCCUAAUCUUCUUCUGAUGUGAGACCAACCGCAAAUGUUCUACUUCAGGCUUCUUCCACUGUUUUGCUCCAUUUUAUUCUUUUUUUGAAUCUCUUUUGAUAUGUCAAACUCAUUUUGUUGUUUUUUUUUACAUGACUGAGUUUUUUAUUUUUAUCAUUAUUAUUUUUUCUUGCUGUUACACUGUGAUGGGACUUUCAAGAUGUCCCGUAGUAAAGUCUAUGGUUACAUCAAGAAUGACAAUAACAACAUGCAGCAAAAAAAAUAAAUAAAUAAAUUUUCGGCACAUUGGUGCUCCGCAUUCAACCUAUUUAAUAAUAAUUUACAGUUUUAGAAUUUAAAUUUUGUCAGAUGUCUCCUGUAUUAUUAUUAGUUUUUCCCUUUGAAAUAACAACAAUUUUGAGGGCCACGUUUAUUGUGUCUAAUCUGAAAAGAAAAUCUUAGAUUUUUUUCUUUUGUCGUUUAGCUGCUUUAAUAUAUAAAAUGCUUUAAAAUAUGCUUUGUUUGAAAUCUUUAAACCAAAAAUGAUGCAUUUUGUGUGGUAAUUUUUUUGUUCUUUUUUUGUUUUUGUUUUUUAACAGGGACCUAACUUUAACUGUAUUCAUGGCCAUGCUAAUAAUGUCAAUACAACAAUUGUUCACUAAAAGGCUUCUAUCAGAACUCCCACAGCAGGAGUUCUCUUAGUAAUGGCUCAUACCAGAAUUUAUCAACAAUAAAAUGUCUUAUUAACUAGCAUCCUACUGUUUGAAAUGAACGGAUUUCUACUUUGAGAUAAAACAGUAUCAAAAUUCCAUUAUAUUUUAAAAUUCUUAUUUUAAAGUCAUUUUAAUUAGAUAUGCUUUCAUGCAAAAAUCACUGACAAAAAGUCACUCAAGGAAUAAAUAAAUGACACUUAUAAUGACACUUAUAAAUGACACUAACUGCCAUUGUUCGGUAUCCAUGAGUUUUGGUUGGAAAAAAAAAGGCAUCCCCCUAAAUGCUGGUAUUUCUUUAAUGAAUAGUUUCUAUAAACUGCAAUCUGUCGUAUUUCUUAUUGUCAAUAAAGCUACAUUUCAGCACUUUUUUUUUUUUACAGUAUGAUUAAGGAAUUGUAAAAAUAUUUUAGCUGCAUAGCCUUUUGGCAGGGGCUCUACUAGCAACACCUGCACGUAAAAGUAAGCAACCAGCAGCAUUUUUUUUUUUUUUUUUUUGCCAGGGCUGCACUUUUUGGUAUCAUGCAAAGUAAAUUGCCAUACCUGCCAUUGCAAAGAUGUGUUAAAAAGUAUGCUCUCUAAAUGCAGUGGCUAGCAGGACAAUCACACUCAAAUCAUUUUCUUUUAAAGGUCCAUCUACAUUUACCUUCUUUUUUUUUUUUAUUGCCUCUAUUAGAUUGGCCCAAUCUUUAAAUUAGGAGUGCACAUAAAAAUUUUGUACAAAAGCAUCAAAAAUCAAGACAAUAACUUUCAUGUAGUGGCUUUAAAUCUCUCUAAAUGGUCACAAAAUUGCUGUGGUCUUGAAAGGUAGUAAAUGAGAGACAUUUGAAUUGUGUUACCUUUCUAGCUUUCCCUCGACCAUCCCCACAACUGGUUUUAUUUUUUAUAUUUUUCUUUAUUAUUAAGUGCCUGUUAUCAAUCCCUUUAACAUAAAAGCUAAAGAAAACUUAGAUAUAAUGCUAAACGUUCACAAUUUUAGGCCAUUAACCCAAAACACACUCGGUGUCAUUUCUCCUCCGGAAAACCUGACGUUAAUAGAGGCACUUGCAUGUGGAGAAGCUGGAUAAGAGGAUAGUUUUGGCCCCUUUGUUGUACAAAAUACUUGUAAAUAGAACUAUGGUGAGAUGCUCUGCAACAAUGACACUAUCAUUAAAGUAUUUAAUUAAAGUGAAUACAAAGAUUAUUUCAGAGAAGCCCACAAAGUACAUUAGCACAAUUUAAAAGGCACCCACGUCUCCAGCAUCGGAUUAGAUUUAUGGACAAUUUUGAGUGUUUUGAAAAAAAAAACAUACUGUAAAAUACAUUUUAUUUUCAGCCAUGUUCAAGGUCCAUAAAACAAGCACAUCUUCUUGUAUGACAUUCUGCUACCACAGUGUUGCUUCCUGUACAUGUAUCCAUGAGCUUGUCUGAAAGUUUUUACACCUAAUAUUUUGCCUAUGUACUUUUUUCUGCUUUCCUGUUGGGAUCAUUAUAUCAUCUUAUUUUAAAUGAAUGUUUCAUAUAAUAAUCUAUUUCUCAUUAAAAUACUAUAUUUAAUAAGAA